CAGGGAAACGCUCACGUCCUGCCUUCUUCACUGCGCUGCAACAGCAACUAAACUGUGAACCGUCAACUCUGCCUAAAUAGUUUUCAUUAUAGGUCAGCUAGGUGCAUCUCAGGUUCCUGCCUUUACUCUAUUUCAUUCUUAAAAUGUCCGAGCCGGAAAAAGAGCUAAUUAUCCCAUCUGAACUGACAGAGAUCUUACAGCGGUUUACUAAAGAUGCCAUCAGGACGCAGCCGGAGGACCUUAUUCAAUGGUCCACCUCGUAUUUCAGUGCUUUGACGCAGGAAAAGCCUUUGCCAGUGAGAGGAUCUCCUGACACACCAACCUCCGUGGAUCUAACACGUGAAACUCUGAGCGCCAUUCAUCAAGAGUUUCAAAAACGAGAAACUGUGAGCAGGAAAGAGCUCGAGAGCAUGUGGAAAUCUUUUAGCCUGGCAGAGGACCACCUGCAGCACAUCCUCUCCGUGGGCUGCUUCAGGGAAGAGCUUGAAUGGAUGAAGUUCUUUGCUCUCUGCUGCAGCUAUAUUGGCGGGACUAUUAAAAAUGCAAUGGCUCACAUUUGUUACAUACUGAACUCAGAACCUGGCUGCAAGCUCUUAGAAGCCAGUGUCCCAUAUGACACAUUUAGGCCCCUUUACACCUACUUGGCGACCAUGGACGGAGAGGUCUCAGAAGCACAGAUCGACCAGGCUCUCGCGUACCUGGGCAAAAAAGCAAAAUCUUCAAAUGGCAUGGUGAAGGUGUCUGACUUCAUUGAUACCUGCAAAGUUCGCCUGGGAUAGUUAUGGUGACAGUAUGAAAAGUUUAUCAGAUUUUAUGCAAAUAAAUAUAAGCAUUCUAAACA